CGGUAAGAUGCAAUUCUAUCCGACAAAGAGGGUUAUUUAAACGUAAGAUAAAAAAUAUGUGAGCGUAAAUAUCCUCGUAGAUGGUGCUGCCAUCUGCCGGUAGAUUCUCCCUUGUAUCAUAUUUUUCGGAUAAGCGAAGACUAGGCCAUUUGAUAGUUUUCUCUCUUGCAUCAAUAUCUUUUUUCAUUAGUUUUUUUGAUUCGUAUUAGGCAACUUUACUUGGACGAAAUGUUACGACUUGAUGGGGUGCGAGUCCGAGAAGGGAUGGAAAGGGUUGCUCUCUGUAUUAAUCGGGAAGACGUCGAUCCAAACAAGUGGUCAGUAUCUUUGAAGGAGAAUUGGAGAGCAGUGGGACAAGUUAACGCAGAUGAACGGUGCGCAUCGGGCGCGCGCAUCGACGGGGCACACCAGUGGUGGAUCAGGGCGCUCUCUUUCCAUCUCUCCGAGUAGAGCGUUGGCGAUAUCGACGAUACCAAAGUGGGGAUAGAAUCUGGCGGCAAGCAAGUAGGCGAUACUUCCUACUGCAUGACUCGCGCGACUUGGACGAGCUUAGUCACUCGGCAGCUUCGAGACGCGUGUCUUUCCAUCUCGCUCCCUGUUCUUACUUCCGACGCUUCGUUUGCACUUUGCCACUCGUACGUGAGACCGUGUCGUCUCUAUCCCUCUAAGAGAGGAAACAAAAACGAAUAGGAAUAUACAGGAGAGUUACGGGAAAUUAUUGCUGCCGUUGUCACCGUUCUAACCACCACCGCUCUAACCACCACUGCUCUCAAAGAACACUACCAAAUGUCUCUUUGACGAGCUUAAGCCGGCAGGCAUAUCUAGAUCUCUCCCCUCUAUCCUCUCUUCCUCUCCCUCUCUAUCUCUUUCUGGGGCGCGCGCGCGCUCAAUCUUUUUCUCCUUUUUUCUCUUUCUAUCUCUCUCUCUCUCUCUCUCUCUCUCUCUCUCUCUCUCUCUCUCCGAUCUUCUCGAUCACUCUGCUAUCCCUUCUUCGAAUUUUAUCCCAUUUUUCCUUUCGUUAAAGGAAGGAAACUUUUCGAGGAGGAAAGACCUGCUUGCCGACAGAUGGUUGAUACGGAAUUGUGACUUGUUAGAGAUAAAUGAGCCUCAAGUGUGCGCAGUUCGUGUGGAUAUUUAACAUCCUCGUCGUUAUUAUUUUCUGUCCAUCGAGUAGUACAUUGCGCAGCAUCGCUGAGCGAGCUGUCGGUGACGUUCGUCUAACUUCGACGUGUACUCACGUGCGCGAGCAGUGACGUUUUGUUAAUCCACAAUUGGAUCUCUCUCUCUCUUUCGGUGCGACGAGUGUGGGUGCGGGUGUGGGUGUCUACAUACGUACGCGUGUAUGUUUGUACGUGCGUGCGUAAUUAAGAAAGAGAGAGAGAGAGAGAGGGAGAGAGAGAGAGAGAGAGAGAGAAAGAGAGAGAGAAAGAGGGAAGUUUUUCCCUCCAGAAAAGAAAUAGUAGUUGAACUAUUCGUUGAACGAUGAACUCGAAAGAAAGUAUCUCUAUCGAGUGAAUGCCGAUUAAAAGUCAUCGGAAGAUAGAUUGGUUAAGGGGUCGAUCAACGUUGGGUCACAUUGAUGAUAUCGUGAGACGGUACGUCACGUCACACAACAGCCACGGCACUAGGAGGAGAAACGGAAGAAGGAGGCGUGGAGAAGGUGGCAAGGGGAGGAGGAAGAGGAGCUGGAAGAUCGGGACGUAACUCUAAGCGGGGAUGAUCUAACAAGUUUCGUCGCAGCGCGGAGAGAUUUGAUAAAUCUGCCGAAAGAUACUUUCAUCGAGGAAGACGAGGCGUGUUAUGAAAUUGUUGCCAGCGAUUCAAUUGCCACAAUUACCGCCGGUUUCCGCCGCGAGCGGAUUAACCGGGAUGGAUUCUCGAAUACAACAGGGUAUAACGUUGCCCUUUAAUCCUACGGAUUUGCUUUGGCGAUACGGACCAAGUAUGAACUUUCCACCAACGACGCAUCCACCACCGAGUCCGUUGCUCGAUUUUAAGACGCACUUGCCUCCAAGCUUAGCCUCCGAUCCGCGACUUUGGUCGAGAGAAGACGUCGCAGCGUUUCUACGAUGGGCCGAAAGGGAAUUUGAUUUGCCGCAAUUCGACAUGGAUAUGUUCCAGAUGAAUGGAAAAGCACUUUGCCUUUUAACGAAAGCCGAUCUUGGAGAAAGGUGCCCCGGGGCGGGUGACGUCUUGCACAAUGUCUUGGCAAUGCUCGCGCGCGAUUUUAAUCAGUUGCAAAGGUGCCUUCCCAGUAGUCCAGUAACUCCUACCAGACCGUCGGCUUACCCGCUUAGUCCUCAUUCGCACCCACCUACGCCUACGUGGACAGAAAAUCCAUACGCUAAUCUAGCCACCCUGAUGUCAGCAAAUUCGGUAACUUUGUCCCCGGCACCGUCCGUCGACAGCCAAGCUGGUUCGCCUGGGCACGCGGAUGCCAAUCAGACGCAGAUUUAUAAGAGCGAUUCGGACGAGGACAAUCAUCAAGUAGGAGGAAGUAACAGUCCACCGGCUACACCUACGGCACUCGCUGCGCAAAGACUUAGCGAGGUUUGCGUAAAGGAUCAAGCAAGUCCGACGUUACCUUCCCAAAUGAUGCCUUUUACUCCAGGUGCGUAUAGGCCGGCCGCUGCCGCUGCUGCCGCUGCUGCUGCCGCUGCUGCUGCCGCUGCAGCCGCGAAUACCGUCAGAGAAUUCUUUCCUACUGACUCGUCCGAACCUAAUACCAAUGGAAGGCUUUUAUGGGAUUUUCUUCAGCAAUUGCUCAACGAUUCAUCCCAACGUUAUACCAAUUAUAUUGCCUGGAAAUGUCGAGAUACUGGAGUUUUCAAGAUCGUUGACCCUCCUGGUUUAGCACGGCUCUGGGGAAUACAGAAAAAUCAUUUGUCUAUGAAUUAUGACAAGAUGAGCAGAGCUUUGCGUUAUUACUAUCGUGUAAACAUACUUAGGAAAGUCCAGGGAGAGCGGCAUUGCUAUCAGUUCCUUCGAAAUCCAACCGAGUUGAAAAACCUCAAGAGUAUGAAUAUAUUGCGACAACCACCGCGAAUAAAAUCUGAACCGGAGGAGGAGGCAACCAUUACCGGAUGCGGACUCGACGCGGAAGCGGACAUGCCGACGGAUCUUUCUAUGUCUAGUAUGAAUCAACCGUCGAGCGAGCAACCUCUACCGUUACACGAUCCACCUACCAAGUACAGAAGUCACGCGUAUAAUCUCGUUAAGAUCAGUCAGGAACCGGAAGAGAGGAAGUGACGAGGGUCCUAGCGUUGAUAUCGCGCGACGACGACGCACGAUUACAUACGAUAGUAGGAUGAUAGCAUUGGACGUUGGCGUUCUCCUUUUAUAACUGGAUACGUCUCUGCGAUGAUACGCGAAGAGACAACGAAAGGCCGUCCAAUAUGGAGCGAUAUUCCAACGAAAGCCAAACUUCUUGGGGAUAGGAUCGAAGAUCCUACUUUUUCCGAGGACUAGCUGUGAAAAAAUGGAAAUCGCUGUUUGGUUACCAAUUCUAGAAUCGACUAGAAUCGAUCCAAGACAAGGAGAUCGAUAAAGUCGUAAUAAGAUAUUUCUUUCGAUGGCAAGCUCGAUAUUCCGACGGAUGAUAUCUCUCCAACUUUGUCCACGCACCGGUCAGAAAUCCAUCGCUUAUUAUAAUAGUACAAGAUUUCAUGAAAUCAUCCCCCUUUAAAAUCGGGCCAUAAUGGUGGAUAAGAUUUUAGCCGUCUGUGGUUAUGAACCAUUUUUCUCGAAGAAUAUAUGGAACUCAUAAGAAUGAGUAAAUAUCGUUGGGUUUAGCAUUGUCCAUUAAUGCCUGUUACUAAAGUGCAAUCAGAUAACAUCUAUCGGUUAACGAGCAACACACUUCUUAAAGGACAUUCAACUUAUUAACAUGGAUUGAAAAUAAGCGUGCAAAAUAUUUUAACACAAAUUACGUCUAAUACAUAGUCUAGGGUAUCGUCGUGAUUUUUUAAAGCAGAUAUUUACGAAAUAUAAUAUUUUAAUAAAGUCGAAUAUUAUAUAAUGUAUAAUGUUCAAUGAUUACAACGUAAGCUGUAAAAUGGGAGGAUUGAUUGUCGUAUACUUGCCAGAAGAUCUCUAUGCGAUCUUUUUUCAAGUUACUUCCUCGCGGAAUCAACAUAUAUAUAUAUAUAGCAUUUCCGCGCUAUUCUCCCAACAUAUCGAUUCUAGUAAAAAAAACGAAAGAUCUGGAUUGCCUAUUAUUGUAUGUUUCGUAAUGCAUGAUGAUUCGUUAUAACCGUCGCGGAAAAAUACUUUAGUUUAACAUAAGUGGUGAAUCGUCGUGUCGAAUCGGUGGACGCUUCAAUGAAGCUUAAAGGUUUGCGGAUAUUCCGCUAAUGUUUAUCCAUAUCUCUUCUUUCAUAAAACCCUUUUUUUAAUGCGAAACGUUUUAGUUUUACCUUGUCCUCAAAUAUAGAUUAAAUAUACCUAUAUAUGUGCAUAUACACAUAUAUACAUAUGCGUAUAUAUGUGUGUGUGCGUGAAAUAGUAUAAAACUAAUAAAUCACAUUAUCAGUGCAAACAUAAUAUAAGAUAUGUGCGCAAUGUCCGCAUCCAUAUGGAAACUUUCUUGGCAAACGAUUUAGCGACAUUCACAUGCAUAUCUCGCAAUCAUUUCAUUUAAUCGUAUAUUUUAGAUUGCUGAACGUUGUUAGUACAAAAACAACUUGAUUUUCUGUUGCACCUCUUUCAACGAUUAUAACAUAUGAGAUAAAAGUGAUCGCCGUUUAUUAUCUUUCCUACUACUUUCGUAAUUAUGAAAUUAUUCAAACGAAAAUAUUGUCAAAUAAAGGCUAACACUUUGCGGCCUAGUUCAUUUUUAAGCAGUCAUUUGUGCCAACGACUAUCUUUCUAGUUAAUAAGACUGUAUAUGUAUAUUUUAUUUGAUUGUUUAAAUGAACAUUUUCAAAUAGUCUAAUUACGAGUAGUAACUGGUGAGCAAAAAAUUACGCGCACCGUUAUAUAAAAUUUAUAUAUAGAUAGCGUCGACUAUAUCUAAGAGUAUAGUCAAUGUAUAUAAAUAGGUUAUUAUCGUACAGAAAAACUGAUAGAAAAAGAAUUCUAUUAACGAAAAAGAAUUUUAUGGAAAAUCGGGGCCAGAGUUAUAUAUGAGCCGCUCAUUUGCCAAAUCGAUUCAAUAAAAUCGCUUAUAUAAAAAAGCUAGAGAAAAUUGAUUAAGUUACAAUUAUAUUAAAGUUAUAUAAUUUAUUCAGUCGUACAACAUUUUCUUAUUCGAUGAUAUUUAAGCUCGUUAUAAAGAAAGGUUCAUUUAAAUAUGGACAAUUUAGCGUCAAUUACGUGCUUCUCAAAUAUAUACGUUUUCACGUUUCGAACAAUUUUUAGUCGCUUUGGCCUGUGAACGACUCGUAUAUGCAUAUAUAUUAUGUAUGUAUACAUAUACAUGUAUGUAUAUAUAUAUAUAUACACACACACACACACACAUCCCACACAUACGCAAUCAUACACAAAGUUAUGUAAAGAUAAAUAAAUAAAUAAAUAAAUAUAUAUAUUUUUACUACCAAAAUUUAUAUUCGAAAUUUAUAUAUCUGUUACUGACGCGAUUGUGGCUUACAUUCCACGAUUUCAAUCUAGAAUCAUUUACGUGAAUUACGAGAGAUUUGAUUGGAAAAAAAAUACGUAAAAGUACGUAAGAACAAGUGAGUAAGUGAGAGAGAGAGAGAGAGAGAGAGAGAGAGAGAGAGAGAGAGAGAGAGAGAGAGAAAGUCGUUUUUCAUGAUUAUUGUAGCACUUUCUGCACAAAAGACAAUUAAAAAAUUGAAAAUCUGAAACUUUGCGACAGUGCUCUAUUAAGAUAAAAUCGAUCAUUUGAAUUAGGCUUCUUGUAUGCUGUGAUUUUUAUAUUAUGAUAAUAAAGAGUGACGAAUGUAAGAGGCAAGAAGAUGCAUGUUUCGCGUAAUAAUAAAUACAUAACGUUGUUUAAAGAAAACUAUAACUACGUGUGUCUUAUAAAUUUGUGUUUGCGAUAUGUAAGUAUAUACAUAAACGCGUGAAAGUUGGGAAGAAAAAGAACACAAGAUUUAUGAUAUAUUUAAAUGUAAUUAUUAAUAUUCAUGCAGGAGAAUCUCGUAAACAUAAAUGAAAGAAUUUGAUCUAUUAAAUCAACGGGAAAAUCUCUACAAUUGACUCAUCCUGCGCAAAAUAUAUCGAAACUAGAACUUAGCGACACUUUUAUUAUAUAACUUGUUGCAAAAAUAAGAUGAACGAUAAUCGCUGUAAAUAUAAACUUAUUUACUUAU